CCAGCAUCGUCAUUCAACACAUCCAGCAGUCCAAAAUGACGUUACACGAUCCCUUGGAUCUCCUGAAGACAUCCUUACAGUCUUCAAAUCCUCCUCAACUUCUCACGGCCGCUUCAGAACCAGCACCAACUCUCGCUCUCGCGGCCUAUCUGUCCUUCACUUCGAUUGCAAACCCCAUCAAUCUCCCCAAAGACACACCAACCCGGUACACUUCAAAGCCCGGCUCUACUUCAGAAUUUUAUAAUAUCGGUCAGCUUUACCUCGCGUGGGUUGAGAAAGACAGUGGAGUCAGGGAUUAUUUGAUAAAGGGUCAGGCUGGUGGUGUUGGUUACGUCGCAAUCACUGAUAGAAGACCUGCGGUUGACUAUUUGUUGGGAAAGGGGGAUGGGGAAGGGAGGAUUGUAGCGAAGGGAGAGGAAGGUGCCAAGCAACAGCCAGCAGGGGAUUCCGCAGCGUCGGCGACGGCUGAAGCAUUGCCGUCAGCACUGGAAUCGACGGUAGAGGCAGGCCCAUCAAGGGCAUCUGCGCAAGCGAAACGAAAGUAUGAAGUCGAUGUUAUUGACCGCGAAUUUUGCAGAAAGUUGAGAUCGGAAGAGAUUGAGCUUCGAGACCGGAAUAGCAUCCUUCGAUCCUCCGCUGGAGGUAAAGCCAACAACUUUGAAGCCUUUCAAAGAAACAUUAUGCACGAAAAGAUCAAGGCCUUGCGAACUUCCUUUGAAAAAGGUGGAAAGCAGCCUACUGCAGCCACUGCUUCACAGUCUGAUUUGAACCGAGCUAAAAAGGCGCGUUCUACCAACCCCAUCAUUGUCAUUUCUUCUUCACCCACCAGUCUCAUUACCAUGUGGAAUGUUAAAAAGUUCUUGGAACAAGGAGUUUUCGAAUCUUCAGAAACAGUUAGACAAAGGGAGGCAUCUCAGGGUAAUGUCAAAGCAGAAGACAUGAUACCUGUGAUCAGAAAACGUUCAGGUCCUCAUGGUGAUGUGAUCAGCAAGUAUUAUAUCGUGGACAGUGCAGACGCAUUGCAGAAAUUCGGCCAGGAUGCUUGGGACCGGGUAAUUUGCGUAGUGACCACAGGACAAACAUGGCAGUUCAAGCCUUAUAAAUGGGAUGAUCCGAAAGUUCUCUUUCAACACGUCAAAGGUAUCUAUUUCCAAUGGGGCAAUGAUCCAGUGAAUCCAACCGUCAAGGAUUGGAAUGUUACGGAGAUGAAGAUUGACCGAAACAAAAGACAUACGGAUAGACAGGUGGUCGCUGACUUUUGGAGAAUCUUGGACAACGCGAAACGACGCUAGCCAUUUGAUGGAGUAUCAUAAAAACAU